CCCAAGAACCUGUCGUUCUGUUCUCAUUCAUUCCUUGGUUGGGUGCAAUCUACUGUCACUCAGUGCAUUAGCUCAAUGGGCUCCGUUCCAGAGGGCGGGCCCUGAAGUCCUGUCCAAUCAGGGGCACGUGAAUGAAAUCUGUCCAAUCCAGCGCAGAGCCUGUGAAGAGCGAGCGGGCGUCUGCCUCCUGAGCUGCUCUGGUCUUUGGAGUCCGCCAUUCUUCCGAUCCACCUGCAGCCUCACUGUCCUGUGUCCUGCCGUCCACGUCGCUCUACCACGGAGGCGCUGGGGACCCACCGGAGAGCGCUGCGCUCCCGACCGCCGGGAAAUGGAACUGUUGACAUUCAGGGACGUGGCCAUUGAUUUCUCUGAAGAGGAAUGGGAAUGCCUGGAGCCUGCUCAGCGGAAUUUAUACAGAGAUGUGAUGCUAGAGACCUACAAAAACCUGGUCUUCUUGGUCAUGACUUCUCAUCAUACCCAGGAAAUUUCACCAGAGCCUGGCAUAGAACAUUUAUUUAUAAAAGUGAUAAACAGAAUAUAUGGAAAUUGUGAUCUUGGCUUUUUACAACAAAAGAAAGUACAGGACAUUGCAGUUGAGAGUGAAGGUCAGAAAUCAUAUUAUGAUGAACAAGACCAAUUUGUAGUGACUGCACCUAAUGAAAAUUUUACUGUCAACACACCUGAAGAACAUUUAGUGCCUCAGAAAAGUAUUCAAUGCAUAACUGAAGGACAAGUUUCUAAAAGUGAUCAUUUUGAAAGUUUCUUUACAAAUUAUCCAUUAUUCUGUGAUGAACAAAGAAUUCUUUCUUGUUCCCAAACAUACACUUUUAAUGAUUGUGGGAAGGCCCCUAUGUACUCCAUACUGCUUAAUGAAAAUUCAAAUAUAGAUUACUGGAAAGUGUGUAACACAUGUAAUGAAACAAGCAACACCUUCAGCCAGGUCUCUACCCUAAGCAACCAGCAUACUUAUGUUGGAGAAAACAAUUACGAAUGUAGCAAAACACAGGAGAACUCUAGCUCUGGUUGCAAUAUAAGAGAACAUCAGUGUGCUCAUUGUGCACAGAACCUUUACAGAGAUGACGAAUGUGGGAACGUCUUUCCUCAGUGCUCAAAGCUGAUGACCCAUUCAAGUACUCAGGGCCAAGAGGCGCCUUGCAAAUGUGAGGAAUGUGAGAGAGCUUCUAACCCAGCUGCUAGCCUUCCUCAAUACAGUGGAGCUCAUCCUGGAAGGGAGCCCCCUAAAUUUAAGGAAUGUGUCCAAGCAUGGAGUUGCUCACCCCUUUCUAAACACCAUAGGUACCAUAGCAGUGAUCAACAUUACAAAUUCAAAGAAUGUGGCAAAACUUUUAAUCGAGGACCUCCCCCUGUUAAGCACCACAGAACUCAUAGUGGAGAGAAACCCUACAAAUGUGAAGAAUGUGGCAAAUCCUUUAAAAAAUGCUCAAACUUUUCUAAACACCUGAGAUUGCAUAGCAGUAAGGAAACCUACAAAUGUAAAGAAUGUGACAAAGUUUUUAAGAAUUUUUCAACCCUUACACAACACAAAAGAAUUCAUACAGGAGAGAAGUCCCACAAAUGUGAAGAAUGUGGCAAAAGUCUAAAUCGAAAAGCAUACCUUACUCAACACCAGAGAAUUCAUACUGGAGAGAAGCCCUAUAAAUGUGAAGAAUGUGGAAAAGAUUUUAAUCAAAGCUCAAAUCUUAAUAAACACCAGAGAAUUCAUACUGGAGAAAAGCCCUACAAAUGUGAAGAGUGUGGCAAAGGGUUUAAUCGAAGAUCACACCUUACUCAGCACCUGAGGCUUCAUACUGGAGAGAAACCGUAUAAAUGUCACGAAUGUGGCAAACAUUUUACCCAAAGAGGGUACCUUACUGAACACCAGAGAAUUCAUACAGGAGAGAAGCCCUACAAAUGUGAAGAAUGUGGCAAAGGUUUUACUCGAAAGGCACACCUUACUCGACACAAGAGAAUUCACUCUGGAGAGAAAGAAAGUCCCAGUGAUAGCAUCCCAGAACACCUGCUGUCUUUCCUGAACAUGCUACGAGGACCUAGAGAACUGGAUUGCAAUACGCUUCCAUAGCAGCUAACCCCACUCGACCACCUUCCAAUGUUGUGCAGCUUUGUAGGAAUACUGACUGGAACUGAGGAGAGAUUUUUUUUUUUUUUGUCUUUUUUUAAAUUUCUUUCUUCCUGUCCAUCUAACUUUCUUUUUGUCAGGUUUUCUUAGUCUCUUUUUUUACCUUUUUAACUCCUUUCCAUCUCUUUCCCUUUUCCAGUGUCUGUAUAUUUUUCUUCUUUGGAAAUUUAUGUCCUUUUGAUGAAGGCAGAAAAUUAUGCAUCUCCCUAGCCAUCCUGCAUGAUUCUGUGUGCCCUUGAAUAGUGUGUUCCUGUCACCUCCCUGCUCAUUUAUCGUCCACAACAAGUUGAUACGCCAGGUUGAGAGUUCACCUAUAUCUACUGCUUCCCUAAUGAAGUAGGAAAAAUGGCGGGCUUCAAGAGUCUGGUAAGUAUUUCCUGUUUAUACUUUUUUUCGUGGCCAGACCCAGUCUCACCAUCUCUGGAUUAAACAGAACAAGAGCUGGAAUUGUCCACAGUACAAGGAAACUCUUAUUUUUAUGCAGUUUCUUUUCUACCUGAGGAACUUUCUGCAGCUAUGCCUUCCUUGUGUUCAGGAAAACUUGUGAACUGUGGGACCCGAUGCAACCCCAGCUGAGACUUGGAAAUCUUCAUCAACACAGGAAAAAAAGAACACGACGCUACAGUCACCAAGAAGAGAACAGUUUUAGCUUACAUUCACAGUUUUUACUUCUACUACUGAUGCUGGUUAUUUGCCAAAGAAAAGAAUUCUUUUGGCCUUAAACCCUGCAGAAUAAUUUCCUUUAGGACAAAAUACUACCAUUCUCUGUCAGAUUUCCAGUAGGUAUAGAACCUUCCCAAGCCUAAUAUUGAAGCUGGAUAAUUGAAAUGUGGAUAGUGGUUCUCUCUGAGCCAAUAAAAGCACAUGACAAGCCA